GAGCGGGAGGGCGGUUGUCGGAGGCUCGGCGUCCGGGCGUCUUGUCACGUAGGUUAUGCACACAGUCACUCCCCCGGGCGCACCUGGAGCCCGCCGCGAGCCCGCCCAGGCAGCCGCACCCUCUGAGACCCCGGCAAGGUUCGAGUCGGGGUCCUGAGGUGGAGCUGACCGGGGGUUGAGAAGAGCCUGGCCGAGUCGGGGCCAAGCACGAAGGGCUUCCCCGCCCGUCGGGCUCCGGGAUUCCCGCCUGCCGAUUUCCAGCCGUCAGGGUCACGCCACCCGCUGGAAGCCCUGAACUCCGUGUCCCCCAAGCCUCGGGCCCCUUGCGGGAAUGUUCAAAAAUGAGUACCAGGGAGGUGCAUUUGUUGAAAUCUUCAGUGCUCAGGGAAAAAAUCCUGGAGCAAAAUGGAAGAUCCUUGGCAGUCCAUCUGUGAUUUGGAAAGAAUUUGAUAAAGAAGUUAAAAGUUUUGUGUUCAUCCUGGAAGGCAGCAGCCAAACAAAUAAAAUUCAGUUACCAAAGGAGAAUAAGCAAAUCCUUGGACUGAUCCAGAGGUUUCUUGUACUUCAGAUUUACAUACCUGUGGGACAAGACUUCUCCACCGAAUUGCUAAUUACUGAUUUAAGGAACAUAAAAAGAAGAUUGUAUUUAUCAACAGUCCAUAAGGAACUGUCCUCAACCCCUCUUCAUGCAAAAAUCCCACUCUUCAUGAUCAAGCGCAAAAUUUGGUGCAAUCUGUGCAUUGAUUUGGUGGCAUUUACCAGUGAAAUAUUCAAAGGAGCAGUUUUCCAGUCACUGGAUGGAAUUACUGUCUCAGCUAACUGUAAGCUACGAAAGAUCUUCACUUUGAAAUCGAAGCCUCAAGACACUGCUGAUAAAGAUGCUGGAUAUGGUGUUUCCUUUCCAAUAGAUGAACCUUCAGACAUUAUUCCACGAAGCUGCCAACUAACAACAGAUGUUCCACAAGUCACACAGCUGCUAAACAUGACUAAACUCUGCCAAACUGAAAUAAAAUUUGGAGGUCAUCCUCUACGUUCAGCAGAAUCAGAUCAAUUCAUUAACAGAGGAACAGGUAGUGUGCGGAACAGUAAAAAUCAAGAUGUUUGUCACAUCGCCUUUGGAUCCAAAGUUCUUGGACCACCUCCACUCUCUGGCAGAAGAAAUAACAUGAAGAUAUCCAGUGAGACAGUAAGACCCUUUGGGUCCAAAAAUAACCGAUCAUGCCAGCAGCCUACAGUGGAGAAGUGUGUUAACAGUGCAGAAAUGUCAACCUUGCUGAUAUCUGAGUCUGAGGAGCAAGGAGAUAAGGAAAAUAUUCGCCAAAUAAAGCAGACUAUACCUAUUCAUGCCAAUCUGCAUAUUAUGCAUCCACAUCCCCCUCAAGAACCAUCAGCAGAUAAGAAUAAUAACAGGAGAAGAUUACGGUUAAAAAGCACCAGCAGAGAAAGGACAGAGACACCCAGCGGCAAUUCUUCAGGAAAUAACAGGAAUGAAGAUAAAGCAACAACUAUCCUUACCACCAUGUCCCAACAAAAAGCAGAGGCAUUGAACCCUAGCUCUCCAGUGCUCCAGUCUCCUGAUCAAGCAGAUGAGUGGAUAUUUCCUGAAAAGGAUGAUCACAUUCCCCAUUUAGUAUCGAGCACACAGUCUCUAUGUCUGGAUGAAGACUUCUCCCACACCUCACACCUAUGGCUAGAAGUCAGCAAGGAAAGUGAACGUGACCGAGAGGCAGAGGAAACCCAGAUUGUUCCAAAGGAUAUUUUCACUUUUUCAUCAAGACCACGAUCUCCACCUCAUGGAAAGACUCAGAAUCUGUCCCCAGAGGGAUGCCCAUUUAUUUUGGAUCUAAAAGAAGAUACCAGUGUGACAAGGAGAGAUACCCAAUUGGAGGAGGAUUUUUAUGGCAGUGACAGCAGCGAAGAGGGUAACCAGAGUGUCCAGGGUUCUCCAAGCCCAACAACUAGUCCUCCAGGGUUAACUCAGUUCACAUUAGACAGCGUGCUGGAAAAGGCUGCAAGGUGGACAAGUAAAGGAUAUCUUAAAAGUGCCUACGCAGAAGCAGGAGCAUCAGAAAGCCAGAAUUCCUUGGGAAAGCAGAUAGAUAAAAAAGACUUUGAAGCGAGUUUGGUGCCUACAGCAUGCCUUUCUCCCCCUGGAAGAAGGAGUGAAUCCUUUCUGAAAACUCCAGAUCGCGUUGCCAAAGCAAAGCACCUACCAGCCCAUCAAGAGUCAGCUUCAAUAAACAAAACCACCCUAAAGGAAAUUUCAGGGGAGAAGUGGAAGGCGAUUCCUGAAGUAUCUGAAUAUGAUUGGAGAAACUAUCAGCCCAGCCAGAUGAGUGAAUCUGAGUUGCAAAUGCUGGCAAGCCUACGGCGGCAACAGAAUGAAGAGCUGGAGGACACUGGGGCUUCCCAUGGCCUGAGCGCAUCCCAGGUCGACAACUGUAAUGUCAGCAUAAGCACCAGCAGUGAUGACACAACCACCUGGAACUCUUGCCUGCCACCUCCUGUCAACCAGGGUCGUCACUAUCAGAAAGAAAUGAAUCCACCUUCUCCUUCUAACCCCCGAGACUGGUUGAAUAUGCUGAGCCCACCGAUUGUUCCUCCCAGUCAACAGCCAGCAGAGCAGUGUGAGGAUUCUUCUGGAAGCUUGAGUGCUCAAGGUGAAGAAGACCUGAGUGUGGAAGAGGACGAGGAAGUGCUGACUCUGCUGUAUGACCCAUGUCUGAACUGUUACUUUGACCCCCAGACUGGGAAAUACUAUGAGUUGGUGUAAUCCCUCCUUCCAGGGCAAAGAAUGGCCACCGCAGGCGGAGCAGGAUAGCGGUUCUGAGUCUGUUAAGCUGGCACCAUAGUGUAUGUGUUGGGCAGACCCACUGAAUCAAAAGUAACUGAGAGAAAUGAAGUUAGUUUGUACGUAACGUUCAAUGACUACCUACAUUCCUUUUGUAGAUGCAUGUGAUUUUUUGAAACUGUGAAGGAAUUAAUACUGAGACAAGAUUUUAGGACUUUGAAUAGGUUCUUGUUUGUUAGUGCUCAUCCUACAUAUAAUUUUGUUUAUUUCAUAUAAUUUUAUGUAAAUGAAUUGAGUUAUUAAUUCAAAAUUUUUGCAGUGUUAAUCUGUAAAUAAUGGCUUGAUAAACAGAAAAUGUAUUCUUGUUUAAAAGGUAUCUGGGUACCUUUUAUUUUAUUAUCUAUUUGUAUUAAAAAUAAAGUAUGAGGGCCAGAAGAAUACCUUUUAAACUGCUUCUUUUUAUUUAUCCAACUUUCUUUACCAAAAUAUUCCUAAAUGGUAUUUAGCUUUUCUUAGACUCUUUAGAAAAGGAAUUAUUGUGAACUAGUCAGACUUUAUAAUCACACUUUUUUGGCACCGGCCCUGCUAUUUACAUUUCAUUAUAGUUUAUCCAGAGUUUGCCAGAGAUCACAACAUUGUUAAUAACUUAAGCUGCUUAACUCUAUAUUUUUCUUUAAAAAAUUUUUACCAAUUAUCUCUGAAUUUGAAUAAUACAAUCCAAAUGUGGCUCCAUGGAUCCAAAUUUAACAAGAAGUCACCCAUGAACACCCUACACACCUCACCACUUCUGUAAGUUGGACCUGGAGAAAUGGAGAAGUCUUCCUUUGGUCUUCAAGUUUAUGUCACUAUAACUCUGCUGCAUCACAAGGAGAAAAUCAUGUGCUUCCUGAAUCCAAGUAGAUCCAGCCUUGAAUUGUGUGCCAAGUAUAUAAAUACCGAGCUCAAGGAAGUACUUAUUACAUUAGCUGGCAUAUUUUGUUAUUUAAUAAAGAUUUUUUAAUAAAGAAGAGUACUAUU